GCAGUGUUCACUUUAUAGCCUUGGCUCAUUUCUUUGAAAUUGUAUACACGGCUAGUACGGGUAUCAGUGCUCAUCUUCUGUAUUUACUAUUUAGACUAGUCAAAGGUAUAUACUCGGUAUGGCAGCGCAGACUACCUACGUCUCCCAAAUCUUGGUAUAUUGAUGGUGUCACCUAUCAAGUCUAUAGGUAGCUUAGGUGGUGUACGGUAAAAGGCACCAUAGGUACCUACAUAUACCUAGGUACCUACCUACACUUUCGUACCUACGGUUACCUCGUCGAAUGUGACAAUACGCCGCCGGCAGCAAGGUUGGCAAUCUUUGCUCUUAUCAUUCUACGCACUCCAUAUCAGUCCUUCGACCCACCCUUCCCUCUACUACGACUACUACUCCGUACACCAGUGGCUCGUCUAAGGCCCCUACAACAAAGCUGGUUGGAAAGAAUGGUUGAACUUCGCAAACGCAAGACUUCGGAACAACCCCCGGUGGUGGAAAAAAAGAUCAAGAAAAGCGUCACCACUGCCAAAGCAUCAAUUGGUGCGAGCGAGAAGAAGAAGUCCGUCUCGGCGACUUCUCCAGCGCCGAUCUAUAAAGUCGGCGAUACGGUCACGUUGGAUGACUUUGGCGGGCAGAUUGAGAUGAAUGAUGGCACGCAGACCACCUUGAAAGACUUGGUCAACGGCAGCGAAAGUGGGGUGGUCCUGUUUACAUAUCCAAAAGCCUCUACUCCCGGCUGUACGAAGCAAGCAUGCAUGUUCCGAGACAGCUAUGAUCACCUAACGUCGACUGGAUUGUCAAUCUACGGGCUCUCGGCGGAUUCACCCAGAGCGAAUAGUACAUUCAAGGCCAAACAAAGGCUCCCCUAUCCCCUCCUCUGCGACCCUACCUUUAGUCUCAUCGCAGCAUUAGGACUCAAAAAGUCACCCAAGGGUACCAUCCGGGGUGUGUUUGCCAUCAACAAGAAUGGGGAUGUUUUGCUGUCUCACGCAGGAGGACCAGACGCGACAGUAGAGGCUACCCGACAACUGGUGGCCAAGUGAGCUGGAUGGUCGGCUAAGCCAUAUCAAAACUUUUCUCGUCCUGAUCAGGUUGAGUGAUGGCAGUACAUCCUUGGAAGUACGGGUUGUUCUUGAUCCAUUCCAGUGCAUGCAACAAUCACUGUAUCUUGACAGCUUCGCAGAUCAAUUAAUUAAUCUUGACUUCGUAAC